AUACACAGGGAACCCACUAUUUGYCUAUUUGCCUUUUAGGAUCCACAGGAAGGUGGCGGCCAACGAUCCAAUGGGGAGGGAGAAGAAGGCGACGUGCAGGAAGAGUGCGCYCUUGGCCAAAACGCCACUACUCACAGAUAUAAACCCAAUAAACACCAAAAAAUGGAUCUUCUUCUUACCUUGGAAGGUAAAAAGAAACAAAUAAUUAAAAAAAUUAAACAACAACUUGAAAAGCACCGUGGCGUCAAAUGGUUCCUUUGCUCAAAAUUGAGGAUGGUCAAGCCCACUCCUGAGGGAGAAGAUCAAACGUCCACUCCCCACUUUAGGAGUGUGUGCCAGGUCACUACGGACCCACAUACACUAGAGCAACAAUACGAGGAAGCAGUUGAAAAAAUUAAAAAGUCCUUCCUUGAGUUCCAGAGAGAGGGUAGCGGCUGGCAGUUGGAAGAGGUACUCCACUUGGAAUUGAAUGUCGUGGCGUACACUCCUCUUGAGGGAGCCAGCUAUCUUCCUCUACCAAAAAGAAUAAAAAACAAAAAAGCGGUGCUGAAUAUCCAAAAUAAAGACCAAAAAUGUUUCCUCUGGUCGAUUUUGGCGGCCCUUCAUCCAAUUCACUGGAGAGACCAUCCUCAUCGUUUAAGCCAUUAUCUACCCUUUGAAAGAGAGGUCAAAAUGACGGGGAUAGAGUUCCCCGUGAAAAUCCAUCAAGUGUCGAAAGUUGAGAGACUAAACCCCGGUCUCAGCCUUAACGUCUUUGGCUUUGAAAACGACGAACUUUUUCCUCUCUUCAUCACCAAAUACAAAAAAGAAAACCACAUAAACCUGUUGCUCUUUUCUCAAGGAAGCCAAAGGCAUUAUUGCCUCAUUAGAGAUCUAGAUAGGCUGCUUCAUAGUAUGACAAAUCAUCAUAAUCAAAAAUACCACUGUGUCUACUGCCUGCAUGGCUUUGUUCGAAAGGACCUUCUGGACGACCACGAACCCCAUUGUGGGCGUCAUGGUCCCCAAAARAUUCGACUGCCCGACGAAGAACAUGCGACACUAUCCUUCAAAGAAGUGCAAAAGCAGCUCAGAGUCCCGUUCAUCCUGUAUGCGGAUUUUGAGUCCCUGUUGGUUGAAUGCGAUGRCACUCCGUUGCAGRAAGGCGUCAGYGGGACUCAGAAAAUCCAGCAUCAUCAGCCKUGUGGGUUUUYSUAUACUGUAGUGUCCACAGUGGAACAAUACCACAAGGCUCCUGUGGUCUAUCGGGGAGAAGAUUGCGUGGAUCGCUUCUUAGAGUGCUUGUUGCAAGAGGAAAAACAGAUAAGUGAGAUUUUAAAAAAUGUAGUGCCGAUGACCAUUACCRAGACMCAGGAAUUAGAGUUUCAGCGGGCCAGCGACUGCCACAUCUGUGGAGAUCUCCUUGGUGCAGACCGUGUUCGUGAUCACUGCCACCUGACGGGGAUGUACAGAGGGCCGGCCCACAACRAGUGCAACCUUAACUUCAAGUUUUCAGGCAGUAUUCCCGUCGUACUGCAUAACCUCCGCGGUUAUGACAGCCACUUAAUUCUUCAAGGCCUCGGUAAACUCACUUCUGAAAAGCUGAGUUGCAUCCCGAACAACUCUGAAAAGUACAUAUCCUUCWCGGUGGGCAACCUCGUGUUUAUUGAUUCGCUGCAAUUUCUGAAUAKCUCGCUGGAACGGCUAGUAGACAAUCUUAGCAAAGAGGGAGGGGAUAAGUUCAAAAUUCUAAAUAAGUACGUGGAGAGUGACAAAGUGGAGCUCUUGCUUCGUAAGGGAGUCUACCCUUACGAAUAUAUGGACAGUUUUGAAUGCUUUGAAGAACCUGAACUACCGUCGAUCGAGCAUUUCUUCAGCUCCUUGACGGGCAGUACUGUACCGGAAGAGAUACACAUGAAGAUCAUGCACAUGCACUACAGGUUUUUCAAACCUUUCAAUGUCGCCACAUGGGAGACUAUCACGAUCUCUACCUUAAAUCUGAUGUGUUGUUAUUAGCUGAUGUUUUUGAGAAUUUCCGGGAUCUUUGCCUCGAGUACUACCAACUUGACCCAGGCCAUUUUUACACGUCRCCUGGCCUCUCGUGRAGCGCUUGUUUGAAAAUGACUGGCGUGGAGUUGGAACUCCUGACUGACCCAGAUAUGUAUCUCUUCGUGGAGGAAGGGCUUCGUGGCGGCAUCUCCAUGAUCACCCAUCGAUAUGCUAAAGCAAACAAUCCGUAUUUGCCCACCUAUGAUCCUUCAGCAUCUGAUAGUUAUAUCAUGUACCUGGACGCCAACAACCUCUACGGCUGGGCCAUGUCUCAGGCCCUCCCUGUCAAUAACUUUGGCUGGUUGACKUCAGGUGAAAUUGAAGAGCUCCGUGAAAACCUCAUGACUCUAYCUGCAGAUGGUACCGAGGGAUACAUUUUGGAGGUAGACCUCAAAUAUCCUGACCACC